AUGGUUCAUUUGCAUUUCCCAUUCUCUAAGCGCCCAACUAUGAGCCUGUCGUUCACCGAACCCAUCUACAUUCGUUUCUCCAAGAGUGUGAAGCGGCACACACCCUACGUGGACUCCAGGACUCAUCCUUCGCCGGCGCGGCAAAGUGCUCUACGAGAUUCGAGUUGGUCCAGCCAAAUGGAUACGCCACGCGAACUAGAUCCGGCCGACGGAUGGGCAGAUCCUGUCUACAGGACCGAGUGA